GAUAAGAGUUUGUGAUGCUUCUACAUGCUUCAUAAUAAUGCGCCAUGUGAUUUUUAUUUGAGCGAGAAAAGGAACCAACAAGUUGAUGAUGAGAAUUUUCUCUCCAUGCUCACUCAUCAUCAUCAUUUUAUUCUUUCGCCUUUUUCAUUUCAUGCAUAUAUAAAAUUUUACUCAUGUUCUCAGUCUGCCUUCGACUGUCAAAUUAUUCUUACGUGUUCUGCAGAAAAAUCUCUGUGUGUAAAUUAUAAAAAUUAUAAUGUGUAAUGUGAGAGAAGGAGAGGGAGAAAAAAAUAAUAAUUCUUAUUAGAUAACAAAAAAAAAUAAUCUUAUUUAUCUUCAGCAUAAAUAAAUGAUUGAAAAAAAAAUUUUAUGAGUUAUUUUAAAAAAUAAAAAUAAAUGGAUAACAAUAAAAAAAAUCUUUAUGAUACCUGUGAGAAUUUAUUGAAAAGAGAUUUGUGACAACACAAAAUAAUAAAGUGAGUGAGAAGAAAGACUCUCGACUUAAAACACAGUGAAAUGCGAAGUGAUAACGCAAGCUAUUACCACCAUUCACCCGUUUAGGGUUCAAUAAAUAUAAUUAUUCAUCAUUCAGUGGCAUUAAAUUAUUUAAAAUACAAAUUUUAAUCUCUUCUCCACGAUUUACGACAUUCACGGUCUUCGAACACACAUUAAGAAAUAUAAUAAUAAAUAAUAAAUUAAAUAGAAAAGAAUUAAUAAAUCUUUUUAAAUUAUAAUAAUAAUCAUCAUAAUAAUUGCCAGUUGCAUUGUUGUGUAUUAGAUGCGACUCGACUCAAUACGAUAUGAAUUUUUAAGCAACGAAGAGGAAAAUCGUAAUAAAUAGGGAAAUCAUCUAUAUGUUGAUAUUUCAUUAUCAAAAUCAUAGCAGGAAGUCUCAUAUAGUAGAGUCUCGACUCAUGAAAGAAAUUUGUGUUUUCGGUGAUGCUUAAAUUUUUUAUGUGAAAAAUAAAAGAGAAUAAGCAACAUAAACAAUAUGACGAGUUUGAAUUUUAAUUUAAUUAUUUUAAUAAUAAUUUUUAUGACAUCAACGAAUUGCUCAAUUAUUAAUGAACAUGUGAAGCAUACGAACAAUUUAUUGUCCUCACAUAAGCUCACGAUUGAGGAUUUAUUAACAACGAAUUUCCCUUAUGCUGAUCCUCGCACCGAUGCACAAUAUGACAUGGAUCCUUGUAAAUCAGGUAAUUUUCUCGGAGACAUUGCACUGCCUGACGCAAAUUAUGAGAGUGAUUAUGAUUUAAAAAGGAGUAGAAGUACACAACAAGAGCUUGAGAAGCUUAAAAAGGAAGUGUAUCUCGAGGGUUUACAAGUCGAGGAGGAAGGCUUAACAGAUGUUUUACGGAAGAAAAUCAAACAAGCAAUAACGAUUGAGGAUAAAGAGUCAAAACGAACUGAAGAUAAAAUAUUAAAUGAAGCGUUGGAAUCGUCAAGCAACGAAGCAACAAAAUCCUCAAUCCCUUAUAAAAUUCAUCAUCAAGCACAGCACUCGACGGCGGAUAUUGAAUUCGAACCGGAAAUUAAUGCAACAGUAAUUGAAAACAAUGAGAAUAUAAUUCUUAAUUUAUCACAGCACAGAAAUCAGACAUCUUCAAAGACAAAAUUGUUGAAUGAAAAAGUCAAUAAAACGAAUUCUGAAAAUUUCACAUUGAGAAAUAUUGAUGCAAAGAAGAUUCAAUCGAAUACAAAAGACAUUGUUGACGAUGAUGGGGAUAAUUUGAUGUUGAAUGGCUUUCGUAAAAUCGUGCCAGCAACUUCAACGCCUAUACCGAGAACUACACUGCCAAAUAUAUAUUCAAACUCAGGUGGUAGUGCUGGAAAUAUUGAUAAUGUUCAAAUUUUGAGUAUGGAAGGAAGUAAUCGGAAACGACAUCGAAAUAGACGACAAAACAAGCAAAAAUCUAAUGUGACAGUUUCAAAUACAAAAGAUAAUUAUGAGGCAAAAGUUGCUCGCUUACGUCAUGAAUUGGCUAGACCCUCUGAAUCACCACCAGAAAAGCAAAUAAAGCCAAAACAACUUGAAAAACGUACAAAGAAAAAUAAAAAGAAGGCAUUAGAAAUAAAUCUUGCUGAUAUUUUUGCAGCACAACAAGAUGCAACUGUUGAUCUAUCAUCUUCAGUACAUCAUCGUGUGACUCGUGCUGCAACAGCCAAAAAAGACAGAAUUUGGGAUUUUGGUGUCAUUCCAUAUGAAAUUGAUGCUAAUUUUAGCGGUGCACACAAAGCUUUGUUCAAACAAGCAAUGAAGCAUUGGGAGAACUUCACAUGCAUAAAAUUCGUUGAACGAAAUCCAAUUGAUCAUCCUAAUUACAUUGUUUUUACCGAACGUCAAUGCGGUUGUUGUUCAUUUGUUGGUAAAAGAGGACAAGGUCCUCAAGCUAUAUCUAUUGGUAAAAAUUGUGAUAAAUUUGGAAUCGUUGUUCAUGAGUUGGGACAUGUAGUAGGAUUUUGGCAUGAACAUACACGACCGGAUCGUGAAAAUCAUGUUGUUAUUAAUAAGCCAAAUAUAAUGACAGGACAGGAAUAUAAUUUCAAUAAAUUAACUGAAGAGGAUGUCAAUUCAUUAGGUCAGCCAUAUGACUAUGACUCAAUUAUGCACUAUGCCAAAAAUACUUUCUCAAAAGGAACAUACCUUGAAACUAUUCUUCCAAUUGAUAUACCCGGUAAAAAACGUCCUGAAAUAGGUCAGAGAAUUCGAUUAAGUGAAGGGGAUGUAUCUCAGGCAAAUCUCCUCUACAAAUGCCCAAUGUGUGGAAGAACAUUUCAAGAAAAUUCGGGUUCAUUUACAUCGCCCAGUUAUUACAUAUCUACAAACGAACCCGAACGAUGUGAAUGGAGAAUUACAGCAACUCACGGAGAACGAAUUGUUCUCAAUAUAACAGAUUUAGAUAUUUUUAAAUCAGAUAAUUGCCGUAGUGACUACUUAGAGAUUCGAGAUGGAUACUGGCACAAGUCACCGAUACUUGGACGAUUUUGUGGAAGUGGAAAAGUCAAUGAACUUAUUACAACGACUGGAUCGAGAAUGCUGUUGACUUUUGUCAGUUCCAUGCAACAGCCAGGAAUGAGAGGCUUUGCUGCAGCUUACGAGGCAAUUUGCGGCGGUGAAGUGGAUCUAGAAACAGGCGGAAGACUUGAAUCACCAAAUUAUCCACUCGAAUAUUUACCAAGUAAAGAAUGCAUAUGGAAAAUUACAGUUCCGAGAGAAUAUCAAGUUGCGCUUCACUUCCAAUCAUUUGAAGUUGAGAAUCAUGAUAAUUGCGUUUACGAUUAUGUGGAAGUGAGGGAUGGCGAUACUCCCGAUUCGAGAUUAAUUGGCGUUUUUUGCGGCUAUAAAACUCCACCUGACAUGAGAUCUUCCUCAAAUAAAUUAUUUGUUAAAUUCGUAUCUGAUGGUUCAGUACAAAAAGCUGGAUUUUCAGCGACCUUUAUGAAAGAGGUUGAUGAGUGUGAAUUAAAUGAACAUGGAUGUGAACACGAGUGUAUUAAUACUUUGGGUGGAUACGAAUGUUCAUGUCAGUUAGGCUAUGAAUUACACAGUAAUAAAAAAUCUUGUGAGACUGCUUGUGGAGGUAUUUUAGAUGCAUCAAAUGGUACCAUUUAUUCUCCGAGUUUUCCACGUGAAUAUCCGAUAAAUAAGGAAUGCUUUUGGGAAAUAAUAGCACCUGAAAAUCAUAAAAUCACAUUGAAUUUCACUCACUUUGAUUUGGAAGGCAAUGCAUUUUAUCAGCCAGCAGCUUGUGAAUAUGAUGCAGUCACCGUAUAUUCGAAAAUGAAUGACGAUUCAUUGAAGAAGCAUGGCGUGUUUUGUGGCAGUAAAGUACCUAAUUCAAUUACAAGUGAAGGAAAUAUUUUGCGAAUAGAAUUUAAAUCGGAUAAGACUAUACAAAAAACGGGUUUUGCUGCAGUUUAUUUGACAGAUGUUGAUGAAUGCUCUGAAAAUAAUGGUGGAUGUCAACAUGAAUGUAGAAAUACGUUGGGAUCGUACCAAUGUUUCUGCCAUAAUGGCUUCACACUUCAUGAUAAUGGACACGAUUGUAAGGAGGGGGGAUGCAAGUUUGAAAUAACUUCACCAAAUGGGCAUAUCUCGUCCCCAAACUAUCCCGACUUUUAUCCACCACAAAAGGACUGCAUUUGGCACUUUACAACAACUCCUGGUCACCGAAUUCGUUUAGUUUUUAAUAUUUUCGAAAUUGAACCCCAUCAAGAGUGCGCAUACGACCAUGUUGCAAUUUAUGAUGGAAAUUCUCCAGAUAGUCACAGUUUGGGAAGAUUUUGUGGUUCAAAAUUACCGCACCCCAUUUCAUCUUCAACAAAUUCAAUGUAUAUGAUUUUCAAUUCAGAUGCUAGUGUUCACCGUAAAGGAUUUUUCGCAACACAUUCGACGGUUUGUGGAGGACAUUUACAAGCAACAAAUAAAUUAAAGCAUAUUUAUUCUCACGCAAAAUAUGGCGAUCAAAUGUAUGAGGGUUCUGACUGCGAAUGGGUCAUUGAAGCAGCACGGGGUCGAAAUAUCCAAAUAACAUUUACGUCCUUUGAGAUUGAAGAGGAAAAGACUUGUGCUUAUGACUAUCUUGAAGUCUAUAGUGGCGUUGAUGAUUCGUCUGGUCGAUUGCAUGGCAGAUUUUGUGGAAAUGCUCUUCCAUCAGAUAUAAUCUCAGAGCAUGAAGAAUUAAUGAUUAGAUUCCAUUCGGAUGAUUCAAUGGGAUUCAAAGGAUUUGUAUUGUCAUAUUUAGCAGUAGAUCCAUUUCCUGGUCCCGACGACAACUCUGAAAACAUUGAGGAAGAAGAAAGUGCAGAAGUUGAGCCAACCUACUUUCCAGGCUAUUAUGUUGGAGGAUCUUUACGAGUCAAUCAACGAAAAGAUGAUGAUUAUGAGGAGCCUGAAGAAGUCUAUAAGAAGAAACCAGAAGAAACCGAAGACUUGGAUGAGGAUUUAACUGACUUAGAUAAUGAAGGAAAUCACAUUUUCAAUUCAAAUCGAAUUAAUAGUGAAAAUAGUCGAAUAAUUGAGAGCAAUAAGAAAAAGGAUGUUGACGAUGUUGAGGACGACGUUGAUUAAAUAAUAUUUUAGAGUAAUAACAGUGGUUUUGAUCUCUUAAUUCUAUUUCGUCUCUCUCUCUCUCUCUCUCUUUUACCUAUAUCAAUUAAUGAUUCCAUUCAUAUCUAUCUCCUAUCUUCCCUAUAACGUGAAUAAAUGUAAUGUAAUGUAAUGUGUGAAAUCUCUACAGAAAUUUAAACUACCUAUCUAUAAUAAUAAAG